UGCGGUGCAUCCUGGGAAAUAAACUAACAUGGGUACGUGAAACCAUGCAGGGUUUGCACGGCUCUCCAUGACGAGAGAUGAACAACAAUUAACGAAAUCAUUCAGAAGGCAAAAGGUUCACUUUUAUCCAGGAUAUAGAACCACUUCACGGGGACUUUGCAGACUGUGCGGUGAUUUCACGGGACUGUCUGGUCGGUCGGACCCGGGCUGCUACGAUGUGUGUCCGCUGCUCCACGAAGCUCCGUCGGGGAAGUGAAUCUUUCACCGGAUGAUGGACAGGAACUACCCGACCUCCAGCUUUGCGGACCCGCUGGCUCCACCAGCACAGACCGUAGCGUCUUGGGCCUAUGACCGCAGCACAGCUAGUGUCAAGCCAAGUUCCAGUUAUGGUGCAGCACACCUUGAUGCAGAGCUCCUCCAGCGGCAAAGCUAUACUUCCACCCACCAGCUUCCCACCUACACUACAUCACACCUUCCCGCUGCAGCAGGAGCACUUGACUCAAGCAGUAAUACUUCUGAGACCUCGAUUAUGAGCUUCCUGUCAGCCAUGGAGUCAAGAAGCCUUCAGGCUGGUCCUGUUAGUGCCUCACUGCUUCCUCCUUUUAGACCCCCAUCCUGGCCUUCUGGUACCAACUCCUCCACCACAGAGCUGUAUUUGACUGGUGCCCUGCCUUCUACUGCCACUUUCCCCUCCCCUGCUGCUCUGUCGUCCUAUCAGCACGCAGGUGCCUACCCUUCCAGGAGUUAUGCUACUAACCCUUCCUUGGCUCUCCAGGAUCCUGCCUUCAGCACUUCCACCAAUGGCCUGUUUUCUCACCAUGACCCCCUCCUCCAUCUCAAAUCAAGCCAGACUGUGCUUCCCACUGCACUGGCCUUCAAUCAUCUCUCUGGACCCACUUUGAGCUCAACUCUGCCUGUCCAGUCCUCCACCUACCGCUCAGCCCAGGAGUCGGCCCCCCACCUCCUACAACCCCAGUUCAGCCUGCUGCCUUCUGCCCUGCCUGCCCCUCAUGGUUCCCCACAACCCUAUGGAGCCACAGUUUUCUCAGGCUCUAUCGAAAGAGCUCUUCAGCGUGAAUGUAGUGUGAUCAAACACCACCAGAGGCCUUCCAGCAGCCAUGCGGCCUCCGAGCAAUUACCCAAUUCAGAGCACUCCUUACAGGGGUACUUUGGCUCUGGCAAUGAAGCGGAUGUGUCCUACCAGCAGGACCCGUCCCGUCAGACCCCAGUGUCCACAGGAGCAGAUUCCUCUCAAGGGGUCAGUCGUGCUCCACAACCCAAAACAGACUCGGUAACUCAAGCUUAUUCGUCCACUUCUUUGCCGAAGGUUAAAGACUGCUCUUCCAAACUAGCACCACACCCUGCUGGGGGUGAAGAGAGUCACGAGCACUCUCAGAACCUGACAGGAGAGUCUCCUGAGCAUUAUUCCUCCCCAGGACAUAAGCAGAACUCAGUGAUUGCUAAUCAGCAGUCUGUCCAGCUAUCCAGUCUAAUGUCCAGUAGUCUGUCUCAAACUUAUAUCACCCCUCACACAGAGUCACAGCCCUCCCAUUCCACCUCAGACAAGCUCUCCCCCCUUUACAAGACUCUGCCUUCCCUCUCCAGCCAGUCUGACAAUGUGGCAUCUGUUAGUCAGGCUCUUGUUUACUCUUCCAGUCCUGGGCUGAGUCAGGAGCAAGAGAUUCAGUAUGGAGCCCAGGUCCAGGGCUUGUGUCAGGGUAAUCUCUCAGAGAGCUACUCCACAUCCCACUCUCAGGGUGCCCCAAAUGUGACUUUUACAUCUCAGUCAGAGGGGCAAGCUUCGGUGACUCAGUCGCAGAGCUAUGCCACAGGACAAUCCCUUAACUCCUCUUACCCACCCACAUGUGUGCGGAGUCUGGCCACAUCAAAUUCUACACAGGACUACACCGUCAUGCAGGCCUCAGUGGGAGGUAAAACGCAUGACACUCUGUCCCAGCAGCAGACACAGCCCCAUAAAUAUGUUUUGUCUGCAUCGUUGCCUACCUACUCUUCAACUGCUCAAGCCUUACAAAAUAACGUCAGAUCCUCAAUCCAGGACUUAAAGCCAACAUAUGGCAAGCAGAAACUGGAAGAGCUUCCUCUCCAUGGCCUAGAUGCUCUCCAGCAGGCAUCUAUGGAAGCUUCUGCAACAGCCAGCAGUAUGUCUGCUCUCAACAACGUCAUCUAUGUUGUUGCAAAAAUGGACGAUCAUCAUAAAACACAAAGCGUUAUCCGAAGCAAUUCCCGCUCAGAUGAUCACCUGAUGGGACUUGUUCAUGCCAACACAGCACAGGUAAAGUGUGAAAGAAUGGGUCCUCUGAGCCAACAGCACAUUCGUCUAAGCAGUGCCAAUGGUCAGGGAACUGCCAACACGAAAACUACAAACUCCAGUAUUAUAUCUUCACAUGUCCCCCUUAGUUCAGAGCAGCUUAAGCAGCACUCUCUCCACCUAAAAUCUCCUGAGCCACAUCAACAAAACCACCAGAAUCAUAGUCAGUCACAGAGCCAGACCUCAGCAGCCCAUGCCCAAUUUAUCACCGUCCCCAGCACUCAGGUUCUCCUUGACCAUAACCAGAUGAUUCUGCUCCAGCAGCCACUUGUCCACCAUGGUCAAAACACUUCAAAAGUGGUAUCAGUGCAAGGUAUCCAACCAUCCCAAGAUUUGGGCCCUGUUCAUGUCCAGUAUCUUCAGAUGGAUCGAGAACUGCUGGGUCCCAGUGUCAAUGAAACCCAGAGUCAGCAGGGCACAGUUGUGUCUGAACAGAGCACAGGGUGCCCUGAUUCCUCUAAACACCACUACAACCAGUCGGCAGAUCAGCAACCAAAUGAUGCCAAGAACCACUUUACUCUCAACUCCAUUUGCUUCCCCGAGUCCAUGCUACUUGCAGACGACAGAAAUAUUUUGUCAAACGUUGACGACAUCUUGGCUGCCACGGUGGCGGCCUGUGGUGUCACACCACAAGACUUUGUCAAAGCUACAUCCUCUGCUGAGGCGGAAAUGGCAGUGAUGGCAAGCCCAGUUGAUUCUAAAGGUCACUUCCAUACUGUGGAUAUGAGGCACAUGUCACCUAGUUUCUCCUCAGCACAACAUUCAAUCAUCACCAACACUAACUCCCACACCAUGACACUAAAUGGCGCUCAGAUGGCCACAGACUGCCAGGGUCACACUGUUCACCACAGCAACGGUUCUGAGCUCGACUCAAAUGGAGAUGGAGGGAGCUCUGAGAAUGGCUAUCACUUAGCCGGGCAGUUGUAUGACCCCUCAGGUCUCCUUAACAGAGUCAAAGGGAAUGUAAAGUGCAUUAAAACAGAGGAUGGCCUCAUGGAAUGCCCAGGUGGCGAAGACUUUCCCAAAAAGAAGGCUCGCUCUAAGUCCUUGACCAAACCAGGUGGUCCUGAGGAGGAUAGUGGACAGCCCAGACUGGCCAAGCGCAGUGGGCAGGCAAAGCGGCAAAACUCCAAGGGUAGUGACGUAAGCUCGCCAUCUUCUUCGCAUGGUGCAUAUGAUGGCUGUCCACAGCAGGAGAGAAUGAGGCAGAAGAUUCGUGAAGUGGAAGAGAAACAACCAGAGGUCAAAACGGGCUUCAUUGGCUCCUUCCUUGACUUCAUCAAGUCUGGCCCCAAACAGCAAUACUCUCCGAGUCCUGCGCGAACUAUUAGUCGCCAGAGGAAGACCUGCACGUCGUCCAAACCACCACCAUGUACUUUGCCUUCUUUGCCUCCCAAAAUGCAGACUCUUCCUGCGCCCUUGAUUCCCCAGAAGGGUCAAGGAGCGAGCGGUCAGCAAAAACGUCUGGAUGAAGACCUGCAAAAGAACUUGGAGACUCUGCCGUCGUUCAGUUCAGAUGAAGAGGAGAACACUGGGAAGAACCAGGCCCUGAGGAACAGCAUCAGCUCAGCGCUUUCAGCUCUGGAUGAAUCUUCAGAUCGGAAAAUCAGGGCAGAUAACCAAAUGCCUGGUUCGAUGAUGAAGUCAGACCAAGUUCCCACAAUGCCACACACCGUCACCGAGACCUGUUUGUUGCAGGUAGCCACUCCUACACAGACAACAAACGCUAUCUCGGGAGGGACUGUGCUUGGAGCCAAAGAGGAGUCCAAAGAGAACCCACCGGGUCAGUUUGCUGUGCAGUUGAUGAGUGUGGCCAUCGAGGGACUGACUGAUGAGGAGCUGUCUGACAGCGGAGGGGAGGGAAUGUACCGGGAGAGAGACGAGUUUGUCGUAAGGAAUGAGGAUAUCGAAAUGUUGAAGGUAACAAUGAGGGCAGGCAGUGAACCUCCAGCCAUCUGGAAAGUCCAGAAGGCUCUGCUGCAGAAAUUUGUGCCUGAGUUGAGAGAUGGAAAAAGAGUCUUCUCAGCCACCAACAGUUAUCUUGGAUACUUUGGUGAUGCCAAGACCAUGUACCAGAGGGUAUAUGUGAAGUUCUUGGACACCGUUAACAAAAGGGAGUAUGUACGAGUUUGUAGUCGGAAGCCACGCUGCAAGCCUAUGAACUCACUUAGGGGUGUUCAGGUGAAAACCUUGCUGGGCUUGACAGCCGCCCCUUCCUCAGUCUCCCAGAGCCAAAAGCCUCGACCUAAACAACUCAAGCCCAGGGCAGAGCCCCCUCCUAAGAAGAGGAGGAAAUGGAAGGAGGAGUUUUCACCUACUGCUUCGGGAUCAUCUGAAGAAGGCUGUGAAGAUGAUGAGUUAAACCCUCCAGUGCCGUUUGCUUCACGGUUCCUCAACACGCGAACAAUGAAGGAGACAUUCAAGAGCUUUGUGGAACUGCUCAUCAGCAUAGCUUUAGAUGAAGAUGUGAUGACAGCACUUGAGAGGGCAAAUGAUGAGUUGCUGCUGCCACAUAUGAAAAAAGUGGAUGGGAUGAUCACUGACAACAGGAAACGCCUGCUUCACAAACUGCACAUAGGGCAGGUCCUAAAGACGGCUCUAGACAGCUUCCCAGAGAUCUCAGUGGUGACUGAACUGAAGAAGGAUGGGGAAACCCCGGCCUUUAAGGUGCGUCUCAGUGGGAAGGCGUACAAUAAGAAAACCAUGAAGCCCCACAAAAUGCCUAACAAAGUGCCACAGGAGUAUACGGUGGACCAGCAGAAAACUCAGUGGUUCUCUCUGUACCACUCUUUACAGCAUUACAAGUAUCACACGUACCUCAUGUGUAAGGAUGAGAUUGCUUCUCUGCGGGUGCAGGCAGGUGACCUGGGGCAGGACGAAACGGUACAGAAGUGUCUGCAGAACGGAGCUUGGGUAGAGGGGCUCUUUGAUCGCUUUGGAGAGCUAAUCAAUCAAGUGCAGCAGGCCUGCCGAUGAUCCAGCCGUGACAGGCUUGGUUUAAAAAAAAUAACUCUUCAGUUAACUUAUGGCAUCAGAGAAGGAUGUAGUGAGUCUCUCCUUCCAGCCACAGAGAGAUUUGAAUCAGGGACCUGUCAGCCGAAAGGCCUGAAAGACAUUCAGGUGCCUGUGGCAGUGACAGGUGAACAGCGGGACAACAGUAAAGUUUAUAGUGUGCAUCACUGCUUCCGAGCAGAAAGCAGUAACAUGAUCAACAGAGGACAAAGACUUUGUUUUUGGAAGCAUUUUGGAAGACUUCCACAUUAUGCUUCUCCUAGUCUUAGGUUUUUGUAGUUAAAAGCUCACUUUUUAUGAGCCUUUUCAUAGAUUUAUAUUGUUUUUUUUAUUGUUUUUUUUAGUUAAAUGCCAGAUCAUAACCAGUGAGUAUGCACUAGAUAGAAAGCAGUCGACAUAGGAAGUAGAGCAAGAGCAAAUAAAAAUGCAGAAAUCUGAUUGCCUACAGUUAUAACAAGUCUCAAUCAUUUGAAAAAAAGGCUCACAUACAGAGAAGUUGAUUUAUUGUUAAAAAAAAUCUCUAUAUAUUAUAUAUAACCGUAGCUAUAUACUGUUUGUAAAACAUCCAUUUUGUAAUGGAAUGCCAACUUAUAUAUAAUGUACAUUUUGUAUAAAAGAACAUGGAGUUGGGAACUGCAUCAAUUCUCUUAAGGAGGAAUUUAGUAGCUAUAUACUGUAUCUAUAUUGUGGUUUAACUUUUGUGCUUCAAACACCCAUUUGCUUAUAAGAUCAGUACUGCUCCAGUACUGCUUUUUAUGAAUUUUGUUAAUCAAAUAUUAUCUUGACUUAUCUGAGGGUAAAAAUAAAUAAAAGUUGUCUUUAUACUCCUUUACAGACAUAGCCCACAUUUUAUGACAAAUAGAUAUAUAUUUUUCACAGAAUUAAUAUUAUGUUCUCUUGUUUAUUACAAUUUCUGAGACACUUUUUCAUUGUUUUUUUUCCACAGUUUUCCAAAAUGGACUCUUUAUAAGUCAGUUACCAAUUUUAUGCUGUCAAAAAUAAUCUUGUUCUUUACAGAUGCAGUUUGUAAAUAAAGUGCCGCAUGUGUUAAA